AUGCAUUCCUCUUCCCCCCCCCUGAACACCAACAGCAAGAACAAGCUCACCGGCACGCUGAGCCCCGAGUUUGGGACCGCUUGGCAGGCUAUCGAGCGGAUCGAGGUGUCGCGCAACGCAUUUGUGGGUCCCUUGCCUGCAGAGUGGGCCAAGAUGCGGCGCCUGAAGUCCUUGUACGCAAAUGUUAAUCAGCUCACCGGCACCCUGAGCCCCGCGUUUGGUGAGGGGUGGUCGUCAGCCCUGCAGGAGCUGGGCCUUGACUCCAACAAGUUCACAGGCCCUCUGCCGCCAGACUGGUCCAAGAUGAGCCGGCUGACGCGGCUGUCGCUCUCGUGA